AUGGGUGAAGCAGAAGAAGCACAAGUAGGAGAAAUGGAAGAGACUGCAAGAUCUACAAUUCGGCGGAAACCUGUGCCCACAACUCUACCAACCCGAACCCCUGAUAAGCCCGAAAGUCUCCUGAGCCGAUGGAAGAACCUCUCGCGCAGGACGCGCAUCAUUGUCUUGGUCAUCGUCCUUGCCAUCAUUGCCCUAAUCAUCGGACUCGCAGCAGGUCUUUCGACGCACCACCACAAGCAGAACCUCCCACUACCUUCGGGAAAUGGUGGACCUUACACUGGCGACCUGACCUACUACGAGCCGGGUUUGGGAGCGUGCGGGCUCACGUCCACCGACAACGACAAGAUUGUGGCCAUCUCACACAUUGUAUUUGACGCAGUCAGUGUUGGCAGCGACCCAAAUGCAAAUCCAUUGUGCGGCAAGAAGAUCAGGGCGCGCAGGGACAACAAGAGCGUGGAUUUGACUGUUGUAGACAGGUGCACGGGCUGUCAGCCGACGGAUAUCGAUGUCACCAUCAAUACUUUUGCUGAGUUGGCCGACGUCGACCUUGGUAGAGUAUUGGUAACUUGGAACUGGCUGGAAAAUGUCCCGGCGGGAGCUCAACUUUAA